CUAUAUAUAUGGCCGCCUCCUUCAUCUCCGCCACUAAAUCUUCCCAAUUUUCACCGCCACCAUAACCCAGAACGCGAAGCUUAGUUUGACGGAUUACUAAAUUCUUGUUAGGUUUUGAUAUGGAGACGUCGUCGAGGGAUUUAGAGAUUACAGUGAUCUCCGGGGAAGGGCUCCGGGUGGGGAAAAAGAACGUUUUCGUGACGGUGAAAUCGGAGUUUUCAUGUAACGUUAAAGCGACGGGGGUGGAUAAGGGAGGAGGGAGUUUUCCGGCGUGGAACGAGAAGCUGGUGGUGGAUUUGCCCAUGCAUGCACGCUACCUAACGCUGCAGGUCCAAUGCAAGACGUUUUCCGGCGUAAAAGUGGUCGGAGAAGCCAAGGUUCCGGCCAAGGAUUUCGUCGGUGGAUUCGUUCCCGAGAGCUACGUGCGGUUCUUGAGCUAUAGGUUGAAGGAUAGGAAGGGGGAGAAGAAUGGGAUUAUUAAUAUCUCUGUUCGGGUGAAGAAUUCGGCGGCGGAAAACGCCGCCGUCGCCAGUUGCUCCUCGCAGUACUCGCGGCGGCCGUGGACUGGGUUGCCGCCGCCCACCGGUAAUCCUACCAAUGCCGCCGUUGUGACUGGUAUUCCGGUUUGGUGUAGCUAUCAAGUUUGAGUUCUAGUUGGAUUGAAAUUCCAAAAUUGUAAAUAGAUGAAUAUUUGUCUCAUUUUUUUAAAAAAAAAUUAUGGAGUAAUAAAUACAAAUAUUUUUU